AUGGUGGAUAUUUUGCCAGGUGAGGAGCCCGUGAGAGCGAGCCUGAAACCGCUAUCUCCUCACAGGAUCAGAAGAACCGCUGCUGUCGGGGCUUCCUGCGGCCGGCUGCCAUGGGCGACCACACGGCUAGCAAGUGUUUUGCCAACUCUGGCAUCUGAGGUACCGCUACCCAAUCGUCUUCUCCAAGGCUGGACAAGUGAUUUGCAGCGCGACCAGCAGCAGUGCGAGCAACCAGUGGAUGGGGCCUUGAACGGCCUUGAUAUCGAACUCGGCUUUGUCGCUUUCACUCAAGUUCCCCUUCCUGACUGCAGUCAUGUGUCAGGUGAGUUCCGUCCGCGAGAUUCGAUUUGUCCGCAAGAUUUUGAUCAAGACUUUGUUCUCCUCACAGCCGUGCGUUACCCCGCUAUGCCGCCGCCACCAGGAGCCAAGAAGAUGCCUAGCUUCCAGUUGGUCCAAGCCUUUGAGGUUUACUGGGCUACCCGAAAGGUGUGGCUGAAGGCUCCCCAUAGGAGAGUUCUUCUCAUUGGCGGCCAAUUCACUGGCAAUUUCUGUGCGCGUGAGCUGAAGAAGCAGUUCUACGUUACGGUUGUGGACUGCAAGGAGUACUUUGAAUACACUCCCGGGGUGCUGCGAGCCUUUGUCCGGCCAGCACAUUUGGACUCCCUGACUUUUACUUUGCAGCCAGUCUACGAACGCAAGAUGGGCGUGAAGUUCAUUUGGGGAGAGGUGAAGGAGCUGAACGGCGCAAGGAAGACUGCAAGUGUCAAGACGAUGUUCUCGAACAACAUCGAUGAGAUUGGCUUUGACUAUUGCAUCAUUUGCUCUGGCUGCAACUUCGGGCCUUUCAAGCCAAUGGGCGAGUCCUUGUGGUUUCCAACCGUUCAUGAGGAGGCCCGAGGCCAUUCAGAUUGGAAGCACAUCGACGAGCGAUACUUGGAGGGAAGGCGUCGCCAUGUCCUGGAAGAGUACCAUAAACUCACAGAUCUCAACAAGAAACAGGCCACUGUUUUGAUUGUGGGCGCUGGUUUCAUUGGUGUCGAGUGGGCCACUGAGCUGGAGCAUUUCUUCCCUCAGCUGAAGAUCACGAUCAUCGACUUCCUUCCUCGAUGCCUGGGACCUUUGCCUGAUGGUGCUGCUGACUACUGUUCAGAUUACAUGGCAGCCUGCGGCAUCAAGGAGUUCUACAAUUGCAAGUAUGACCCGAAGAAUCCAGAGUUCUGGAAGCAAAUCGAACUUCCCAAUGGUGCUGAUGAAAUCUACGUGUGCAUCGGCGUGAAGGCAUCCAACUAUUUCAUGCCAGCAGAGACGCUCUCUGAUAAAGGCCCUGGCGGAGGCGGCUGGAUUCAUUUCAACAAGCACCUGCAGGUAACCCAGAAGCCAAGUUUGGGAGGAGGUGUUUGGGCUGAUGGCACUAUUUUCGCAGUCGGUGACUGCAACUAUGGCUGCAUUGGUGAGCCUGGCAAGUGGGAGAUGCCCCCCCGUGCCCAAGAUCUCAUACCCUGGAGAAGAGCAGGCCUACCAUGCUUGCCUCAACGUCAUGAAACUCGAGAAGGGCCAGAAGUCAAAGUUGGUCACCACCUGGUGGCCAUGGGGAGCUGGCAUGUUUGCUACCAGCUUGGGGCCUCAUGA